UAAAAUAAUUUAAUAAUUUUCGUGGUAAAAAAGACAUUUUUAAAUGCAUUUUAUUUCGUAAUUUUAGAUAUUUGUAUGUGAUUUUGUUGAUCAGGUUUUCAGGUCCUAGUCAUAAGAUUAGCCUAAUAGAUAGAAUACUUCACCAGUUUUUUCUUUGAAAUUUCGCCCAUGGUGACUGGACCGAGUGUUUUAUUAUGAGCAGCAAAAUUGUUACCUUCAUAUUAUGUUUUCAGUUUAAUUGAUAUAAUUAGUUAUAUGGAAUAAUAGGGGUAAAAGUUAUGUUGAAUUAAAUUAAGAAAGUUUAUUGUCUAAUGUAUGUAAAAUAUUUUUGAUUGAGAUGAAAUUAUCUUAGUGACAUACAGUUGGAAUUUAAGAGAGAUCAGCUAAUAUAUAUCAUCAGAUUGUUUUCAUAUAAUUUGAAAGUUAAUCAAUUAAAUUAUUUCUUCAAAUGUUUAUGUACCUACAAAAAAGAUUUUAAGUUAUAUUUUAAAGUAUAACCCUUUAGUAGUGUAUUUCUUGUGAUCUGCAGAACACUCAAGUAAUUUUCUUGAAUUCAAAUUAAUUUCAGAUAUGCCUCCCCAAACACUAAAAAGACCUACAGAAGAUGUGAGUUAUAGUAAUGAUGAGGACGAGUAUGACACAUGGGUAAACAAAAAAAAGUCAAGAUAUUUAUAUACAUAUAAAUUAAAAUCACAAUCACCUGAUUUAUUUCAAAAUGAAUCUGAAAGUAUUCAUAGUACCCAAUCCAAAGCUACAAUCGAGGUAACAGAUCUUCUCGAUUUUUCAUCUGUAACAAGUUGUCAAAGUGACUGUGAUUGUGACGAUUCUAGUCAAAGUGACUGUGAUUGUGACGAUUCUAGUCAAAGUGAUUGCGAUAGUUCAAGUCAAUCAGAUCUAUCAGAAUGUGAGGUAGUUACAACAAAGAAUAUCUUCCUUGACACUGAAAAGGGUUACAUUUUUGAUACAGAUUUACAAAUAUUCAUUUCAGAGACAAAUUUCAAAUCUCAAGUAGUUUUUGAAAAAUGCUGUCAAUGCCAAAAACCAAAUUCCAACCAUAAUUUUCAAUACUGUAAUCAGUGUUUUAAAUAUCGGAUGCAAUUAUUCGAGAGUACAUCAAAUCCGAAACCAAAGAGUAUCAAACGUUUGUACAACAUGGCCAACCGUGCAGAAGAAAAUUAUUUGCCUAAAGAUUGUCAAUCAUCUUCCACCUCAAAUUCCCAAGAGUCCUUAAAUUCACUAGGAAUAUCUGGCCUAUGUUUAUCCCAAGAUACGUCUAAUAUAUUUGAAAAUGCUACAGACAAUUGUAACAUAUGUUUUUUAAAGCCAAAAAAUGGAAUUUUUAACCAUGGCAAAACGGCGCAUGUGUAUUGUUGCUACACAUGUGCCAAACAUAUAUGGAGUAGAUCGGGUAAAUGUCCUAUUUGUAAUUUAAAAAUUAGAUAUGUUACAAAAGCUGUUCGUGCUUGAUAAUAUUAUUUUAAUUUCAUAAAAUCACAUAUCUAUGUAUAUUCUUAUACCUAUGUAAAAUGUAAAAUGUGCAUAUUAUAUAAUAUAAUAUAUUUUAUACUUUUAAUAAAUGCUAUAUUAUAUACA